AUGCCCACGAAGACUGGUCAUACUUUUAGGAGAUAUGUUUCUUCCGCAGAAUUGAUCAGUUAUCGUGUUCCUGGAGGUUUUCUCAAAUUCACACCUCUUGAAAUAGAUCAGUUGCGCCUCCAGUGUUUGAAAGCCAUCACUCUUAUAGAGCUCUGCAAGAAUCGUAUUCAGUCUCGGAGAUGGGCCAAUUUGGGUUUGGUGUAUUGCUCUGAACGCUUCCGGCGGUACGUAGGAGCUUGCUUUACUUUAAACUUCCAAUGGCUUGCAGAUCUCCACCCUGGAACCUAUCGAUGUCCUGGUGGAGAUGUCCCAAAAGCAGUCGGUUCAGCAGCGCAGUCCAUUCGUGUUAAGCAGUUGCGGAAGUUGCGGACUGUAGACGACCUCGACAGCGGCAGCGACCGCAUUAUUCUGCGAUACAUCCUGCAUAUCGAAUAUGACAGGACCAUGUCCUGUCCACACCCAUGGUCGUUAAAAGCGCUGUCGCUCGGCCGGUCAUAUUACACGUCCGGCUCUUAG